AUGGAUGUUGAAAAACCGAAGCCCAAAUAUUGUAGAGAAGUAAGGACACAAUUAAAUGAAUUCACUGGAGAAAUAAUUACUGUUGAUAAUGAAAGGAAACUUCAAGAUCUUAAUGAAGAAGAUUCAUUGUUUGAUACAUUUGACAUGGAUAUUGGUAAUGAAGAUUCAUGUGAUGGGUUUGAUGAUCUUGAUGGAUUGUUGUUUGAUCCAAUAGAUAUUGAGGAUACUGAUAAUAUUGAUCUAUUUAUAUCAAAAAAUGAUACUGAGCCUCUUAAAAAUAUACCACAUUUAAAUGAAGCAACUGGUGAAUUGUCUUUUGAUAUGGAAUCACAGAAUAGUAAUAUAAAUAUUUGGAAUUCAAAUUGUUCUUUUCAUGAAGAAGAAGCUGAAGAUCCUUACAGGCUGUUGUUAAAUGAAGUCACUGGUGAAUUUUCUUGA